ACGGUCUCAAAGACGGAACUUCUGUCCGUGGGUAUCGCGGGCACCGGUCAUAAAGUGAGCUUGCACUUCCGGUAGCAACUCAUUGGUUUGACAAUAACUGAAUAAAUGGCACGCGUAAUCAAUGACCGAGUCCUUCGUAGAGCAAAAACAUUUUAAAGUCUUUUCAGGCUGUCAACUUAACGUCACUGUGUAAUAUGUUUAAAAAGAUGACCGAAUUUGGUCCAGAUUCCGGUGGGCGUGUUAAGCAUAUACCAGGUGUCUCUUGUGUGCAGGGAGUUACUAUUGUGAAGCCGAUCGUGUUUGGGAACGUCGCUCGCUACUUUGGGAAGAAGCGAGAGGAAGAUGGGCAUACUCAUCAGUGGUCCGUCUAUGUUAAACCAUACAGAAAUGAGGAUAUGUCAGCUUAUGUGAAGAAGAUCCAAUUCAAGCUGCACGAGAGCUAUGGUAACCCACUUCGAGUGGUGACCAAGCCCCCCUACGAGAUCACAGAGACCGGCUGGGGGGAGUUUGAGAUCACCAUCAAAAUCGUCUUCAUUGACCCCAAUGAGAGAUCUGUGACUCUUUACCAUCUGUUGAAGCUCUUCCAGUCCGACUCCAGCGCCAUGCCGAAGAAAACGGUCGUGUCGGAAUUCUAUGAUGAAAUGAUCUUCCAAGAUCCGACUGCCAUGAUGCAGCAGCUCCUGACCACAUCGAGACAACUCACACUGGGCGCUUACAAGCAUGAGACAGAGUUUGGCGAGCUGGACCAGAGGACCAAGGAGAAAAUGGAGGCGGCCAAGAAAAGAACCAGUCAGGAGAUCACGGAGCUGAAAGACAAGUUGAAGGCGAGCAGGGAGAACAUCAACUACCUUAAGAUGGAGAUCAGGAAACUGGAGGAAGAUGGAGACCACAAGGAGCACUGACUGAUGGCCACCACCUGACAAAAACUUUUUUCACGAUGAGCCGUUAGCCUUCCAUCAUAAUUUCAGGCGGACCAGUCAAUAUGUAACCAAUAUGAAAGUGUGUAAAGGUCGGUUUUUGAUGGCCAUACUUGCAUUUAGGAUUUUUUUAAAAUGUAGUUUUUAAAUUGUUUCUCCCACCUUUCUGUCCAUUCAUUAUCUGAUCCGCUUAAGUGUUGCGAGCCGUGUCUCACUCCAGGUUCCUUUUUUUUCUUAAGUUCAGAGGAACUCUAUUUUUUAAAAAUACUUAUGCUGUCAAUGAAGUUACUAAAAUUGUG